UCAAUUCUGCUAGUGGUUCUAAUUUACUAUUGCUGUUCUCUAGCUGGACUAAAACCGAUUUUGACCUAAAGGGACGCUUUUUGGACGCCAUGGACGUUUCUCAGUUUCCAGCAGAAAGACCAGUCAAAAUGCAGGCAGGGCACAGGACAAAGCACUCGGGACAAAAUGUAUGUAAAAUGGUUUGAUACAAAAAUGACAGUUUCUAAAAAUUUUUACAUUUGCCGCCGGUUCCGGCCCCCGUAUGUCCCGUACGUCCUGACGCUCGCAGGGACCGGAACACGGAAGCCGGAUGUCGGCAUCGGCCAGAGGAGAUGGCCGGGGACGCUGCAGGGGACGUAUCGCGGGAGCGAAGGACAAGGUAAGUGCUGCAGGGAAUCCCUGAGCAACGCCGCAUGGUAAGCCAGAGUGUAGCUCGGGGUUACUGCUUUUGGUACUGAAA